AUGGAUAAAGUUGCAGCGCGCACAGGAAUAUAUCAUGAACAUCAACAGAGUGCUCUCUGUGGUCAACAUGCAUUAAAUAAUCUUUUACAAAGCUCAGUAUUUUCAGUUGACUCAUUAGUUGAAAUUGCUAAGCACCUUGAUAAUGAAGAACGAAAUGUAUUGACAUCCUCACAAUAUGAUGUAUCUAAGAAUAUGAAUGAUACAGGUUUUUUUAGCAUUCAGGUAUUGCACGAAGCAUUGAAAACGGUCAGCCUUGAAUUAGUAUCUUUUACAAGUCAAGAGGAUAUUGCUAAACAAGCACGUGCUAGACCACAUAGUAUUAAAGCAUAUAUUUGUAACUUGGGUUUACACUGGUUUACGAUAAGAAGAUUUGGUAUCAGUUACUUUGAUUUAAAUUCCUUUUAUUAUGUGCCAAAGUUAAUUACCAAUUCUGUUCUAGUACAGUAUAUAAACUUCAUAACAGAAAAUGGUUGUUCAGUAUUUAUUGUACAUGGAGACUUACAAGAUUGUACAGCUGAUCUACAGUUAACAACUAAUCCUAUUAGUCCACAUGAAUAUGGACUAUUAAUUAAAGAUUUACCUAAAUUAAUCAUGGAUAAUAAAAUAAUAGAUAAUAUCAAUGAUCUAAAUAAUUAUAUGAACGAGAAAAUAACCGUACCACAACAUGUAUACAAUGAGUAUCAAAAAAAUCCAAAUGAUCCUCAGAUUCAGCAAAAACUAUUACAGUAUGUACCGAAACAUAUUGCUGAUCAACUUAUGCCAACAAAUGUAGACCCUUCUCAUCCUCAACAUGAUCGUGCUCAUCCUGUUUUAAUAAUGGCAGUUCAAUCAAAAAGUAAUACUGCUCUAUCAACGAUACCACAAUGCGACUAUCCACGCCCUCGUCAUAAUUCUUCAGUACUCUCAGCUGACCACGUACCACAAUACAUUGUUAAUAAUCCAGGAUUGAUUAAUUCCAAUGAACGAGAACAGCAAAGAAUGUUAUUUUCUAGUCCACUGACUAUUGUACAUCAAUCAUCAAAUAAAAAUGACCCAUUCACUGAUAACCGUGGUGCUCAACAAAUGAUUCAAUCUUUAACUGGAUUUGAUACUCAGAAGAAUAAUCUAACUCCAUACACGACCACUGAAAAGGUCAGUGAUGCUCCGGAAAAUAGUCCAAGUAUAAACUCGCCGUUUUAUAAGGAUCCUAUAGAGGAGUGGAAUCAACAACAGAUGGAAGCAGCUAUUGCUGCUAGUUUAAUAACAAAUAAUCCAACAACAAAAACAACAACAAAACCAGAGGAAACUUCAGAAAGAACAGUAACCACGAAUGUGUCAGCGGCGAGUUUAGGACAAACACCGUCCAUGAAUCAACCACCAACCACGGCAUCAGAGCCAGAACGAAUAUCAAUGACAAAUUUAGGAGGAACAUCAUCCACGAAUUCAGCACGAACACCGACCCUCAAGUUGUCAACAAAAUCAUUAAAUGCAGCAAUACCAACAACGACGAAUUUAUCUCCACCAACGAUAGCAAGCCACGACGUCGUAAAAUCAUUGAAUAUAGAAGGCAAUCUAAUUGUGCUACGAAAAUCUUUGAAAUGCCUCAUUCAAUAUAAAAAAUUAAAUCAAUCAAAUUUUUCAAAACAUAGUUCAGAGAGUUUUAAUUAG